AUGCCCAACGAGCCAGCAGAAGCGUUAUGCUGCAUGGAGGUUCUGUGCUCCAGUGUCUCAGCCACCCACCAGGCGAGAUAUCUCGCUACAUAUUUCAUGCCAUGGGCUCGCCGCCAGAGCAGCAGACAGCCAGAGACGAACAAGGAGGGAGGGAGGUCGGCCAGGCACCCUGCAAGCAGUCAGCGCUCCAUCGUCUGCACACCAGAGAAACCGGCCGGUCUCCUUCUUCCCACCACGCGGGACGAUUCUCCACCACCCAGUCGUCCCGGCGAUAUCUGCAGACCGCUCCGUGAGGGUGAGUCAAGUUAUCACCAGAUCAUAUCCAAGCUCCACCCUUUCCAGGGCUUCAAAGCUCCCAGUAUGACGCUAGCUGACUAUCCAGGAAGCUGUGUGAGAACAUCCUCGAGAGAAGGCCAGAUAUCCACGUCGAAUAUCCUCGUCCGAGAAAGUCCGGUCGAUUCUAUUCUCACCAUUGUUUGGCAACAAUACGAGCGACACCAGACACAAUCACACCCACUCCUACGGAGCCAUGUUUACUGUUCCACGGCAGAUCUCAACAAACCUUUCGGAUUACGCCUCGGGUACUCCGUGCCUGAGCAAGGUCAGGGCGAUGAACGCUGGGUGCCAUGGCUGGUUCUGAGCCUGCAUUGGCCUGUUACACCUAAAUCAAUAACGGUGGCCGGCGCCAUGGGUGAAGAGCUCAAGGAUGGCACCUUACCCGUCCGCUAG